UGGCCGCCAUGAAGAAGGAGGUGUGCUCCGUGGCCUUCCUCAAGGCCGUGUUCGCCGAGUUCCUGGCCACCCUCAUCUUCGUCUUCUUUGGCCUGGGCUCGGCCCUCAAGUGGCCGUCGGCGCUGCCCACCAUUCUGCAGAUCUCGCUGGCCUUUGGCCUGGCCAUAGGCACCCUGGCGCAGGCCCUGGGGCCUGUGAGCGGCGGCCACAUCAACCCCGCCAUCACCCUGGCCCUCUUAGUGGGCAACCAGAUCUCGCUGCUCCGGGCUGUCUUCUACGUGGUGGCCCAGCUGGUGGGUGCCAUUGCCGGGGCCGGCAUCCUCUAUGGGUUGGCGCCGCUCAAUGCCCGGGGCAACCUGGCCGUCAACGCGCUCAACAACAACACAACCCAGGGCCAGGCCAUGGUGGUGGAGCUGAUUCUGACCUUCCAGCUGGCACUCUGCAUCUUCUCCUCUACUGACUCCCGACGCACCAGCCCUGUGGGCUCCCCAGCUCUGUCCAUUGGCCUGUCUGUCACGCUGGGCCACCUUGUGGGGAUCUACUUCACCGGCUGUUCCAUGAACCCAGCCCGCUCUUUCGGCCCCGCAGUGGUCAUGAAGCGGUUUAGCCCCGCACACUGGGUAUUCUGGGUGGGGCCCAUCGUGGGAGCUGUCCUGGCUGCCAUCCUCUACUUCUACCUACUCUUCCCCAACUCCCUGAGCCUGAGUGAGCGUGUGGCCGUCUUCAAAGGCACAUAUGAGCCUGAGGAGGACUGGGAGGAGCAGCGGGAGGAGCGGAAGAAGACCAUGGAGCUGACUGCCCGCUGAUCAGUGUCAGGCAGGGGCCGGCCCCUCAAUCCCUGAACUGCAGGGGGAAAAAAUAUGACGGCAGAGCUUCCUUCCCUUCUCCCACAGCUGGUCCUCUUGGCUGGAGAGGAGGUGCUGGCUUCCUAGGCUGCAUGGUUAGAGAUGAGAGCAGGAACCCAUGACGGGACUCCUGGGGUGGGGGCCAGGGGCUAUGGUCUUGUGGGGAGGGUAUCUUUCUGGGUCAGACCUUAGACAUUAUGAGAUUAUGAACACAGUGCCAAGCUUGCAGGGUGCCCCAGAGCCAGGCCAGAAAGGAGUGGCCUGAGUCUGCAUUACCCACCCUCCCCAGCCCCUGCUCCAGAGCCAGAGGGAUCCUAGCCCCUAGGUGGGCAGAGGCAGACCCUUCCCUGAGAUCGUCAGAAGGGAAACAGGCAGGUUCAUCGAAUGCCACCUUAUUUAUUUCUGGUCAAGGAUGCCUGGGGUGGGGCUGCUGGUGUUUGGGCUAGGGGUUUCCUAAUAAAACACUGAUAUUCAUGGUCUGCCUCCA